CCUCCUCUGGUCUCUGCACACUUUGGAUUAUCACGUCCACACUUCUCUCAAAUUUGGAUUAAAACUGGAGUAAAGUGGGUCCAAACCUGGGACUAGAGAAGACCUGGAUCGAAACUGGACUACUGCCUGAAGACUGGACUAAAACUGCACUAGACCUGGGCUAAACCUGGACUCUGGAUCUCACUGACGGACUCCCAGAUGGACUUGGACUUUUUGGAUCCUGUAGACCAGGACUUGGACCAGGCUCCACCCCCCGUCCUCCCUAAACCAGGAAAAGACAACGUGAGGCUCCAGAAACUCAAGAAGAAACGCUCUAAAAAGAAACCGGGACUGUGCCAGACGCCGGUGCCCUUCAGGUCCUGUUUGUCCCCUGUCAAUGAAGUCCAAACUGACCUGGAACUGGACUUGGACCCCAGAAGUCCGAGUCCCCCGAAACCGGACCAGAGACCGAACCUGAGACCGGAUCAGAGACCGGACCUGAGACCGAACCAGAGACCGGAUCUGAGACCGGAUCUGAGACCGGAUCUGAGACCGGACCUGAGACCGGACCUGAGACCGGACCUGAGACUGGACCUGAGACCGGACCUGAGACAGGUUCAGACCCAGAAUGAGAAGUCCAUUCAGCACAAAUCUAACCUGCAACACCAAGACCCAAGGCUCAUUUCCAACCAGGACUGCCGACCAAUCCCUACUGGUCCAAGUCUGGCUCUGGACUGGACUGGCUCUGAUCCUAGCUCAGUUAAACCAGACUUUAACCCUGAACUAAACCCAAAUUCUGGAUGUAACUUCGCCUGGAACCCGCUGCAGCAAGAGUCCAGUGCGUUCCAGAAUGCAACUCAGUACGGACUAAUCGAGAAUAACACCGGAUUAGAGUCAAGCUUCAACCCCGCUUAUGGAUUUCGGACACACUUUAGUCCCGGGCCAGGACCAGGUCUUGACCCGUUCUGGAACAUGUCUGAGCAGAAGGUGGCUCCCCUGUUUGAAUGCUCCGGAUUUAUGUUUGAUGAAGAACUAAGCCAGACAUUUACGCGCCCCAUUUACACCCAGUACCCGAACCAGACCUUAGUCAGUUUUCCUCCUGUGCAUCCCCCUGUUCCUAUCAGUCCGUAUUCUAAUGUGUGUGCAGUACCUUCAUACCCUUCUGUCAGCCACCACUACACUACACCAAAUCCAGACCCAGGUUUAGUCAUGCCGAGACCUGCUCUGGAUCCAAAGACACCCACAGAAGCAGGUCUGGACCAGACUACCACAUUCUCCAUCCAGAUACACAAAGGCCUGGUUUCAGAAAGGGCACGUGAAGUGAACCGACUCUCGGGAUUAAACACAGCAGUCCCUGAAGUCCUCAGGCCAGCUCCAACCCUAAAAUCCAGAUUAUCAUCAGAAGCAAACCCAGAUUUUCAAAUGAUCCCAAAUCCUCUAGACUUGAACCAAGUCCCAUCUGUUUUAAGUGGUUCCAGUAUGUCUGCCAUCAGUCAGGUACCUCAGACCAUAUUUAGACCUGGUUCAAACCCCAUUCUCUCCAGUUCUACUCUAAACGGACUUUACCCCGAGCCAGUCCAGGCAGAGUCUAAGACCUUCACCUCUAAAGCCACUUUCUCAGUUUCAAUCCAAGACCUGACCUCCAUCAACAAUAAAACUAACAAAAAACAAGACUUUCACAGGGACAAAACCGGAAUAAACUGGGACCUGCAACUUGGUUCUGACCCUGCAAAUACCCCAGCCCAAGAAUUUGGAUUUGGACCAGAAAACCGAGGUCCAAAAUUUGGAUUAAAUGGAACACAUCAGCAGUCUGUUUCAGAAGCAAAAUUAACCUGGACUACCCCAGAGUCUAGACCCAGGUCUGGACCAGAGAAAAAUGACUUGAAGAAAAUCAGCCUAGACAACUCUAUAGAACAAGUCAAAGUCCACAGAAGUCCAGAAAUGAGCCAUAACUUUGGAUCAGAACAAGACUUAGUGUUAAGCCAUUUUCAAGGGACUAAACCAGGACCAGAAGGUUUUCACAUGUCCGCCCAGGCUAAGUCUAAAUCUGGACUAAGCCCAGAGAGGCAUCCACAGAAUCUGCUAAAUCUGGAUUCAAGCAAAAGCCUCCAAAAACCUGAGGUGGUCUACACAAGUCCAGGCAAACUUCAAGAAUUUAAUUUUGAGUCAAAUGCAGAAUUCAGUUUUCAGCCUGGAUCUAAAGAGUCCAUGAAGCCAGAGGUAGUCCUUAAAACGACGAAGCAAAACAAAGAAAAUUUGCAUUUGUUUAAACAAAAAAACAUAGAGAGUGAAAAUCUAAACAUGCCGGAGGUCAUUUACAAAACUCCAACCAGACCCAUGGACCCUAAUACCCUCAAGUGCCCAGAUGCAUCCAAGAAGUCUGUGCUGAAUCCAGAGAAACCACCUCAAAUUCAGCACAAUCUUAUUUUAAACCAAGUAUCCGGGAUUGAAAAAUGUUCUGCAGAAGAAUCUGUUGAGAAUCGUCAAAAACAGUUUCCAAAAUCUCCAACUGGAAGCCGAAAAAUGAACGGGGUCCACACCAGGACCAGACCUGAUGCAGGUUCUGAGGGGUUUUUACCAAUACUGCCCACAUUCCUCACAAUGCCUUCAGAGUCCAGCCCAAGUCCUGGUUUGGGUAUAAAGUCCAACUUGAACCCUGCUCUACGGACCCUGAGUGUCUCCAGUCUUAGUCCUGGUCUAAGUCCUGGUAUGAACAAGAUCCCAGACCCCAGUUUCAAAUGUUUGGAGCAGCCUCACAAUUUGAGGACUGUCAGUGUUUUGUCAUUGAGUCCCUUGAAGACCAGUUUAGAUUCAAGUCCACAGACCCAAGCCUUUAGUCCUGUUACAGUCCAGAAUCUCUCCUGCCUCAGUCCAGGUCCAAGCUUGGGUGCAGACCAGGUCUUGGAAGCGCGGAAGUCCCUGUCCUCGAUCCUGGAGUCCCAAAUGAAGACUUCCCAGAACCAGGGCAGAUCCAGGUCUUAUUAUGGACUCACCCCAUCACAGUAUGAAGCCUUCGGAGGGAUCAGAUCUAAGUCUAAAGAGAAUCCACACUCAGAGGAAGACCAGAUCAAACCUGGAAUUAAACUUGGUCUAGAGUCAGGAAUAAGACUUAAGGAAGACUUGUCUGACACUGAGUCAGAACCCAGAAUCAGAUCACUGGACCUUCCAAAAGACUCCACAGGUGAGAGACCAGGUUUAGACUGGACUAAAACCACUGACAAGGUCUACACAGGUUCAGACCAAAUCCUGACUAAAGCCAGCUCAGGUCCAAAUCAGGACUUGGGGCAACUAGAGCCAGACAGAACCCAAACGGACCCAGGACUUUAUAAAAAUGUACAGAAAACUAUUAUUAGCAAGCCAGAAACAGAUAUGGUCUCUAGGACUAAAUCAGAUUCAGGUAUGGACCAAACUGAGAGCCGGACUAAGGACCAUGUGAGACUAGACUGGACUCAGACUUCAGUUUGUGAAGGUCCACGGUUAGACCAAAAUAAAACCAGAUCAGAAUCAAGACUUGAACCAGUUUCAGUGAGUUUAAAUCCAGUCCACAGUGAAGUGGCUGUGUGGACUGAGCCUAAGUCUGCUUUUUGUCCCAAAUUUCAGCCAAAUGACACUGGGACCUUUAAUGGACAUGUAGAAAGCCCACCAAAGUCUGGCCCUAAACCAGGACUAGAUUCUGGACUCAAAAUUAAAUCAGAUAUCAGCCCAAGAUUUACUAAAAGAAUGAUAAAUUUACCCACCUUAGGACCAUCUAAACCAUAUCUUAUUCCAGAACUUUACACUUCAGAGCCUAAACCAAAACUAGAGCCAGGAGUUCAACUGGGACUAGAAUCAGGACUUGAGACACUAAGCUAUGAACUAAAUCAUGUUGAAGUACAAUGUACUGUAGAAGACUCCACUCUGUUUGACUUUAAAUUACAACAAAGUUUAGCGUUUGAGCCCAGUUUGGAAAUUGAACUAGGAAUUGGGACUGGACCAGGAAUUGGGGCUGGUCCAGGGCUUGGUACAGAACCAGGACCUUCAGAGACUGUACCUGGAGCAGAUCUAGGUCUGAUCAGGAAAGAUUUGGAACAAGAGACUGAACCAAUGCCCUCAGGCUGUCAGCAAGUAGAGCUGUAUGAAACCUGUUUAGGAAUCACAGGAUCCAGACCUUGUUUAGAACUUGAGACUGUACCAGAGACCCAGGAGAACAGUGCAGAGUUUGACAAACCAGAGAUGGAUUUAUCAAGCAUAAAUUCAGAAGAAAGUAAUGUAGGGCUUUGGACAGGACUAGAAUCUAAACUAGAACUUGAACCAACUGUUUCAGGAUUAGGGCUAGUGGGACUUGGGACUGGACUAGAGACUGGACUCGGACUUGGAUCAGUGAUUGAUUCUGGUUCUCUGCCUCAGGAACCAGACAAAGAAAAGUCACAGUCAUCUCUGGAAAAAAUUGGACUAGACCCAGCUCAAAGUCCCAGGAUGACUGCAACGAAGACCGAUCAAGACCAGACCAAGACCAGACCAAGGACUUCGAAAGAGGCAACUCUGAAAACCCGUCUCCGAUUGAAAGAGACUCUGAAGGAAACCAUGGAGAAACUGGACAAGAUCCUGGACAAAAAGGGACUAAAGAAGAAAGCCCGAACUCAGGACUCAGCCGAGACCUGGAGCUGGAUCAGGACUGGGUCCCAGGACUUUUUACAGCAAGACAGGGAGGACAAAGUAGACAAAGUGCAAUCACAACUCUCAUCAAAACAGGAGCCCAACCUCACAGUGAAGGAGAAGCCUCAGGAGAAGCAGAUGUUUGGGAUGGGACUGUUGGACUCAGGACUAGAUUUGAACCUGGAACUGGACUUGAACCAAACCAGAUCCGAGGAGGGUUUAGACUCUCUAAUAGACUCUCAAAACCACCAGAUGUCGCCAGAGGGACUAGAAACAGUUUUACAAGAACUAGAACCACAACAAAGUCCAGAUCUGGACAUGAAGGACUGGACACAUACACGACCCAGACUGGAACCAACGGAGACCCUUGUAGACAAACCGAGACAGACCGAAUCCGGAGUAGAACCAGUGGAGACCCAUGUGGACUUAAACCAGGACUGGAGACAGACCGAACCAGGACUAGGACCAGUGGAGACCCAUGUGGACUUAAACCAGGACUGGAGACAGACCGAACCAGGACUAACAGCAGCGGAGGCCUUUGUGGACUUAAACCAGGAUUGGAAACAGACCGAACCAGGACUAAGAGCAGUGGAGACCCUUGUGGACAUAAACCAAGACUGGAGACAGACCGAAACAGGACUAAGAGCAGCGGAGACCCUUGCGGACUUAAACCAGGACUGGAGACAGACCGAACCAGGACAAAGAGCAGCGGAGACCCUUGUGGACUUAAACCAGGACUGGAGACAGACCGAACCAGGACUAGGACCAGUGGAGACUCUUGUAGACUUAAAUCUGGACUGGAGACAAACCGAACCAGAACUACGACCAGUGAAGACCCUUAUGGAUUUAAACCUAGACUGGAGACAGACCAAACCAGAACUACAACCAGUGAAGACCUUUGUGGACUUAAACCUGGACUCUUUGAACAGGACAGACAUAGUCGAAGCAAAUGGAAUUCAAUUGACAUCAAUGGAGUCUCAAGAAAUGGUUCAGAACAUGGAUCCAGAGACUGUGGCGGUCUGGAACAGAAUCGAGACCCAGACUCAAACCCAGACAGAACUAGAACCAGACAGGACUCUGCUGAACUUAAACCUGGACUCUGUAGACACUGCAGUGGUGAAUGCAACUGUAUUAAAAUCAAUGGACACUCAGGAAAUAAAACUGAAUCAACAAAUAGAGGCAAGAAUGAUAGAAGUCAAGUCAAUGAACAACGAGACCUGGACUCGGACUCAGACCAAGACUGGACUAGGACCACAUGGGACUCUUCAGAAUCCAGAUCAGGACUUAUGGAACAUCACACUAACAAAAGCAGUUUUACACAACUCAAUGGAAGAACAGAAUGUCAUGGACUUGCAAGAUACUUUACAACUCCAGAUGGAAACCAGGAUUCAGACCGGAUCUCAAAUCUUUCUAGAACCAGGUGGGACUCUUCACAACAUCGAUCCAGAUCUGGAGAACAUGGCGCAAAUGAAUUUAGUUUCCAUGUCAAUGAAAAAUCAAGAAGAGGAACAGUUGGAACAUGCUUCACAAGUCCAAACCCAAGUCCAAACCCAAGUCCAGACUCAAGUCCAGACCAAGACCUUGACCGAGACCAGGACUUCCCUGAUCUCCAAGAGGUCAGUGACAUCACCUGCAUCUUCAGCUGAAAGUCCAACAGAAAACAAUGAUCAGCCAGAAAAGUUAUCUUUGUUCAGAGGUGAGAGCGAUUCCUCAGAAAACCAGACUAAAAUCUGUCCAGAUCCUGUACCAGAUCAAGUCCCAGUCCCAGUUUUAACCAAAGGCCAGGUUCAGACCAAAGAAACCGGUUCAAUUGUCCAAGGAAAGAAGACAGAAAAACUAAAGCAUUUACUGGAAAAGGCUAAGGCUGAAUGUGAGAGUCUAGAAUCUAAAAUCAGGACAAAAUCCACCAAAAAUACCCAAGACCAGUCAGAACCAGAGCAGGUCUCCUCGGCAAAAGACAGAGUCCAAAGCAGAAGGAGGCCAAAGUCCACGAUACCAACAGAUCAAAAGCACCUAGGAAGUAAUGCCAGAGAGCAUAAAGAGUCCAGGAGUCUAGACCCAGGGGAGGAUUCAAACCCAGAACCAACUACAGAUCUGCUGAAGUCCAGGCCUCAAGAGAAGACUGGGGGCACAACCAGAGACACGGAGUCCAGACGAGAUAUCAGACCAGAGACCAGACCAGAUCCACCAAAAGACCUGAAGUCUAGACCAGAGUCUAUACCAGAGUCUAAUGCAGAGUCCAGACCAGAAACCAGACCAGAGGCCAGAUUAGAGUCCAGGCCAGAGUCCAAAUCGGAAAUAGAUAAAGUCCAAGACAAAUCUAUCAGUGUCAGUGAUGAAGCAAAGUUAAUUUUAGAUUUUACUAAAAAUCUGUCUCAAAUCCAGGACAAAUCUAUCAGUCCACCCAAGGAACCAGAGUCCAAACCUGAGUCCAGACCAGAGUCCAGACCAGAGACCAGACCAGGCCUACCUAAAGAGCCAGAGGAAGUGCAUAGCCGAUCUGAAGUGUCUGGAAGAGGUGAAGCUCCUGUUGAGAAUGAAAAACCUCAAUUAGGUCUGUGUAAAAACCUGGACAAGUCCCAGAGUCCACCUAAAGACCCAGAGUCUGGACCAAAUCUACCCAAAGACCAGAAAAAUGAUAAGACUGUUCUGCAAUCCAAAUCUGGUUCAGAGAAAAAGAAAAAGUCAUUAUUGGGUUUAUUCAGAAAACAGGAGUCUAAAAAUAAUGACCAGGUGGAGUCACCCAAAGAUCAAGAGCCUGGUUCAGGUCCAGAGGGAAAGUCGGCUAAGACCUCCCUGAUGUCCAAGUCCAAGGGUCUUGGGUCCAAAGUCAGUGGCUGGAGUCGUCUGAAGAAGCAUAUGGUUGUGGAGCCUGAAGAACCUCAGUUCCCAGAGUGCAAACCAGAGUCCAGACCAGAGACUGGACCAGAGUGCAGACCAGAGACUGGACUAAAGUCCAGACCAGGUCCUGAAUUUGAUCCAAAUCCUGGCCCUGGACCAGAGCUCAGUCCAGAUCUGGAUUUGACCCAGGCCAAAUCAGACUCUGGGCCUAAAGCUCUGAAAAUGUGGGAUGCUCUUUUGUUCCACAUGUUCUCCACUAAAGAACGCAUCAUGAAGCAGCUAGAAAUCAACAAAAGCCAAAAGAGCCAGGACCAGGCCAGCACUCAGAGAGAACCAGACCCAGAGCCCUCUUUUGUGAGCCGCCUCCCUGUUCUGCUGUACAGUCCACGCUUUGAUGCUCGCAAACUGAAAGAAGCAGCUGAGAAACCCAUCAGCAAACUGUCCACAGCAUUCGAACGAGCACUGAUCCGACGCAAAGCCCCAGAGGACCAGAAAAAGGACUUCAACAGGAGGCCCAAGGGGUUCAAACUGUAGACCAGAUUUAAGACUAGGUCUAAGGCCAGGUUUAAGACCAGGUUUAGUAUGGUAUUAACAGCAGGCAGACCAGAACUAAAUGUUAAAUUCUGAAACUAAAACCAGGACUAUACUCAGACUGUUCUCAGAUGAGGCUCAGAAUAUAAUGAAAGUAUUUUUGUAAAGAUUCUAAGCACAUUGAAAUGUUUAAGAGCUCAGCUUAGCUGUAGGAGGCAUGGCCUUUGACAUUUGGAUUCAAAGUUUGAUACUGAAGGUUUUGAAGGAAGUGAAAGAGAGAAACCAGAUCUGAAGUUCAGAAGGAGAGAUGGUUAAACUGUAAGGGUUUGGGUUAGGCUAACCCUUCAGCUUUAGGCUCACUGGAGAACAGGUUAGACUUACCCUAAUCCAAACCUUUGAUUCUAUAUUUUACUCUCAUUUGAAGCUGAUGCGGGAUUCAUGCAGGUGUUUAUGUUUGAUGGUCACAGGGAAAAAAUGAGAUACCUCUCUUCCCUUGUUACAGAACAAUAGUGAAAAGAGACUCUAGGGCAAACAUAAAGCUUGAAUAAUCAGAGGAGGAACUGGUCCCUUAUUUGAAAUGUGAGAAUUUUGAGAUGGUGGAGAAAUGCAAUGGUUUAUUUUUAGCAGAACAACACCAAACACCUUUGGCUUUGCUUCAUGGUGAGGGUCAGCAGCACAGCUUUGCCUCAAAGCAUGGAUAACUGAUCAGCUAUUGAUUAUUGAUUUAAUAUUUGAUAAUAUAAUAAUAUAUUAAUUUGAGAGUAGAAUGGUGUGAGCUGUAGAUAAAAAUUGUAUUUUUUUUAUAAUGGCUGUUCGCAGAAAUAUGAAGUUGUGUUUUUUCUGUUCAAUAAACAUUU